UCUCGUUAUAAUUUUUAUUUUUUUGUGUUAAUUGCCGUUUUAAUGUAAUUUUGGUCGCUAUUCGGGUAGAAUGUGUGCGAGUGGAGGUGUUGGUUUUUUCGCAAUACAUCUCAUCGAGUCUGGAAGUGGAAAAUUCUGUUUUUUGAAAAUUGGAAUGCAAACAAGUAGGUAGCUGUGAUAAAUUUUUACUUUUGGCAUCAGCAAUGAUAUUUAAUAUUCGUUUUAAUAUAUUAUUUUAAAUGUGAGGAAAGUAUCCAGUGCAACAUGCCUCAUCGUUACUCGACAGCAUUUUCUCAUCUUGUUUUGGCCGGAACUGGAAUUUAUUGCUUGGUCCAAAUUAAAGACGCACAUUUCCACUGUCCCCACAUUACGUUUGGUUUGAUUACGGUCAAUUCGCUGAUUGGGCUGUGGAGAUGGGGGAAUCCCGAAUAUGGAGACAAGGCUGAACGCCUGUACUCAUUUACUUCCUAUUUACAGUUACUAUUUGCGCUGCCAUGUAUUACAACGACUGAAUGGUUGGGCUAUGGGUAUGAUAGGUACCUGAGCUGGGCGUGGACAAUAUUACCGACAAUUCCUCUUGUGUGCUACUUGGUGGACGCCUCAUCUGACGAAAAAUUGGAAGAGGCGAUCAUUCCAAUUAACCUGAUUGCGUUGGGUGUGGUGUGCUUCUUGGCAGAAAACUACUAUGGAAUUGCAGCAGCUGUGUCAUACGCUAUUGACCACUAUAUUGUCCUCAAACAAGGAGAAAGUUUGGAAAGCAUACCUGCUCAAGACUUGUACAAUUACGGCCUAUGCUUCUUUGCAUAUUUUGCCCUGAGAGCGAUCGGGGAUUAAUGUUUUUGAUAUCUCUAUAUUGACCAAUUUUUAUAACUGUUUGCUUUGAAAUUGCAUAUCAUUGUUGUCAUGUACCUAUAUUUUUAUAUGAUGUUUCAUGCUAUUACUGUUUUAUUAUAUACUGUAUUUGACGAAAUUGUAUGUUGAACAAUAUACGACUGAGAUAAACAA